AGUGUUUUGUUUUCGGUCCAGUUAUAAUCAAUGGCGGAGGGGGGAAACAGAGUCCCAUCAUCGGUGUCGGUCAUAGACGCCCACGAACUUCUUCAAGCUGGCCACCGCUAUUUGGAUGUCAGGACUCCAGAAGAGUUCAGCCAGGGACAUGCCACUGGGGCGAUCAACGUUCCUUACAUGAACCGAGGAAAUUUCAUCGCUUUCUGGAUGUCAAAGAAUCCAAACUUCUUGGAACAAGUCUCCUCCCAUUUCGGAAAAGCCGAUGAGGUCCUUGUGGGUUGCCAGAGCGGGGGUAGAUCUCUGAGAGCCACGGCUGAGCUUCUUGAUGCUGGUUUCACGGGAGUCAAAGAUAUCUCCGGUGGCUAUUCUGCCUGGGCCCAGAAUAAUCUUCCUACACAAGACUGAGUGAUGAUGAUGAUGACUCACCGGUCACCACCAUCUUCUUUCAGAAUCUUAUGUCUUUUAUCUUUUUCUUUGAUAAUAAAUACAUCAGCAGAGUGUUUUCCAGGUGUAAAAUGAACUACUUUCUCUCUAUUAUUAUGUGCUUGCUCAUAUUACAGCUGUUGUACCCACGACUUAUGUAUACACGAGUUCAGUGUUGUUUUGAUUGCAUCGAAAUGUCUUAAUACA